UGCUGCCUGCUCCUCGACACAUUCAAGUUCAAAGAGAUUGCUCCACCUGAGCAGUCUUGAUGUCUGCUCCAAAGAGGUCUAUUUGGAGCUAAUUUGGGGGCAGCAACGAUUUGCAACGGAAAAAGAAUCACUUCCAGGACAGAGAGAUAUUUAGAGAGAGAGAAAGAGAGAAUGGUGUCAUGGAGAAGGUUACCAGGUCUCUUUCCAACCAUGCUAUUUUUUGUAUCCUCUGCAAAUAUCUUCCUUGUGUUUUAUGUGAGGAAUGUAAUGCAUCAACUGAAAAAGGGGAGCAGUGGAUACUUAGAGGUUCAACCCCGAUUUGUUAGCCAAGAAAAUGCAGUAAUUGAGCGACUGGACCACUUGGAGAUGUACAUUCACAACUUCUCAAAUUCCAUGAAAAAGCCCUUUCAUAAUGAGAGAAUGAAACAGAAAGAAGAUGAAAUAAAGCUGCCAGAGGAGUCAAAAGAUAAAGGGCGCCAGGCUGAGAAAGCAAAGGAAGACGAUAAGAUGGAAAUGGAAAAGAAGGCUGUGCACCGAAAGCUUUUUCCAGACUCAAGUCUGUUCAAGCGCUGGGGUGCAGAUUUAACAGAAGAGCAACAAACCACCGCACAGGAUCUAUUCAUUAAAUAUGGGUAUAAUGUUUAUCUCAGUGACGGUCUGCCCCUGGAUCGGCCUAUUCCAGAUACCAGAUAUCCCAGCUGUAAAGUGAAAAAAUAUCCCCAAGACCUCCCGACACUUAGCGUCGUUCUCAUAUUUAUGAAUGAGGCAAUAUCGAUCAUCUUACGUGCAAUUACCAGUAUUAUUAACCGAACACCUCCUCGUUUGUUGAAAGAAAUUGUCCUGGUAGAUGAUUACAGUUCAAAUGAGGAUCUAAAAGGACAUUUGGAUGAACAGAUCAAAAAUUUCAAUGCAAAACAUCCUGGACUGCUAAAAAUUGUGAGACAUAAGAAGAGAGAAGGCCUAACACAAGCUCGGAUUUCAGGCUGGGAAGCAUCCACUGCCGAUGUUGUCGCAAUCUUGGAUGCCCAUAUUGAAGUGAAUAUUGGAUGGGCUGAGCCUAUUCUGUCUCGAAUCAAAGAGGAUCGCACUGUUAUAAUAUCACCAGUGUUUGACAAUAUUCGCUUUGAUGACUUUAAGCUUCUUGAGUAUUCUGUGGCUGCAGAUGGAUUUGACUGGGCACUAUGGUGCCUCUAUGAACCAUUACCUAAAGAGUGGUAUGAGCUCAAAGAUGAAACUGCUCCAGUCCGGAGCCCAUCUAUUAUGGGAAUACUUGCCGCACAUAGAGAGUUUCUGGGAGAGAUUGGGGUACUGGAUGGCGGAAUGCAUAUAUAUGGAGGGGAAAAUGUGGAGCUUGGCCUGCGGGCUUGGCAGUGUGGAGGGCAGAUAGAAGUCUUGCCCUGUUCAAGAAUUGCUCAUCUGGAAAGAGCGCACAAACCCUAUAUGCUGGACUUGAGCAUUGCGAUGAGACGCAACGCCCUGAGAGUGGCUGAAGUGUGGAUGGACGACUAUAAAUACAUGGUUUAUUUUGCAUGGAAUCUUCCAAUUGAGAAUCAUGGAAUAGACUAUGGCGAUGUUUCUUCCAGAAAGGAGCUUAGAAAGAAACUCAACUGUAAAAGCUUUGACUGGUACAUAAAGAACAUUUAUCCUAAUUUAAUACCUUUGACCACCGUUGUUGGCUAUGGAACAAUGAAAAACACUCUGAAUGAGAACAUUUGCAUAGAUCAAGGCCCAGUCCCUGGAAACACUCCUAUAAUGUAUGGCUGUCAUGCUUACUCUCCACAGCACUUGUUUUACCUCAGCACUGGAGAAAUAUAUAUAGGAGGCCUACGGUCUCGAAAGAGUACAGUAGAUCGGUGCCUAACUGAUUCUGGAAUGGGGGACCUGCCCUUCAUAGAGCAAUGUAACGAGGCUGUGAAAAAGGGACUGAAUAUGCACUGGGAUUUUAAGCAGGGAUCAUCCGUAAUGAACAAGAAAACUAAGAGAUGCCUCGAAAUUGUAAAGGAUAAUCCAUCUUCAGCAUACAGGCUUGUAAUGCAGAACUGCACUGGACAAAAAUGGAAUAUUCAAUACACAGUUAAGGACUGGGGCAAGACAGGUACUCUGAGAUGAUGGAAUCUCAAGUUAGCUUAUUUAUUUCAAAGUAUUGAUGCAAGGAAGUGGGGAAAUUGGAGUCACCAGGAAAACAUAUUCUUCAGAGUUUUCCAAAGAAGAAUAAAAGUUCUGUUGAAAAAAUGUUGUGCAGAAUUUUUUUCUAUGCUGCUAGGUACAUUAAACGAUGGAGAUUAUCUCAGGUAGACUUUAUAACUUUUUGGGGAACAUAUUAUUGGUAUGGAGGCCUCAUGCUGUUGCCUCCCUCUUUGGUUAUGGUGGCGAGUAAAUGUAUUUGAAUAAGUUGAUACCAUAUUCCCUCACCCCUGAUAAACAGAGGUGAUUUCAGGCAAAUUAGGCUUUUUGGUGUGAGUCAAGUGGACAGCACAACACUGCUUCAUUUUCUGCUGUACAUUUGUUGUUUGAUUAGGGUCAGCUGUAAUUCCUCUUGUAUUAAUCAUUCUUACUGCUUGUAUUUGUUUGUCAUAUGCAAAUGUUU